AUGUCCGGCCCUCAAACUGCAAGACACGCCGAUACCAAAGCGAAGUAUACGCCUGAAAGGACAGCGCCUAGUACCCGUGCGAUCGUUGUAGCCUGCCCGAGCGUGGUGGUAUUCGCGCUUGAUAGGGACGGCUAUUCGCGGGACGUGUCUGAAUUUGAGGUGCCAUACCGCGAAAAUUCGGACCCCGGAGUAACACUCCUCACUGAGGCUCACCUUGCGUCAGUCAAUACAGCCGGUGUCUUUGCACCCCAGGUGCGUGACGCCUCCGUGAGCGCGACGUGUGAUGAUGGCGAAAGCGAGGUGGACGUUCCUGCGAGUGAGAUGGACGUUGGAGAUACAGAGAUGGACGUCUGGUCGAGUGAGGUUGACGACGUUGGAGAAAGCGAGAUAGACCCAGCAGACGCCGAGAGAAGAUAUCAAGCCACCGUCGAGGAAAGCCAACCCAUGCAACCGAUUACUAGCGAGGGGAACAUACACCACUACUGCACAGACGUCGCCGUAUCCGGUGUGGCCGCCUCCUCAUUCCCUGGAGAAGCCACAUUUCCGUACGCGCGCUGCGAUUGGUCCGGCUGCGGAAGAAUCAUCUACGCCGCGCACGCCGCCAACCUUGCCGCCCACCUCAGAGGAGCACACGGCAUAAGCUUUACAGGCUCUGCGGACUCGGACGCCCCGCUUCCGUGCAAGUGGACCAACUGCACCUCGCAUGCAAAGGUAACAGGUCUGCUCUGGCACGUAUGGGUUCACGUGCAGGGGCCUCUUCCUUGCCCUGCGCCGGGGUGCGGGAAGAAGCUGAGUCGGGAGGACGCACUGAACCGGCAUAUCAAGUCGCAGCAUCCGAUGGAGUAUCCUGAGAUAAAGCGUGCCAAGAUGCGUGCUGCAAGGAAGCAGUCUUAG